AUGGACUGUACUCUACGGAAUGCAGGGCUAUUCCAUCAGACAGAAGAACAAUUCAAUAAUGAAGAAGUGGAUAAUGGACAGUACUUUGUCGACCGUAGGUAUGGUGAAAAGCUAGGCUAUGUACGAGGGGGACUUCAUGCAAGAGGUGGCCGAAGUAGUUUCAAGGGUGGACUUCAAGGUGGAUCCGGUAGCAAUAACGACCGCCGGAAGAUUUGCUUCGUGUGUAAAAAGGUGGGGUGCUGGACCACACGGCACAAACCAAGCGAUCGCCAAGGAAGAAUCAAUAGCUGGCGGACGUACAUGGCUGAGAAUGAUCUCCCCGCUGACAAUGAUACCCUGGGCAUGUUCAUCAUCGACUAUGAAGACUACGAAGUGAACCAGAAUGAUGAUAAAACUGAUCUUAUUGGUAUGUUUAACAUGUGGUCCGAGGACAAAACUGAGCAGUUCCUCACAAGUUACGGUACAAUCGAUGGAAGGAGUACGGCUGUCCUGCUCAACAACAAAGCAGCUAAACAUACUCUGACAGCCAAUGACCCAUUCGAAUCGGCCCAAUCAGAGCCGAGCUCCAUUUUUCAGUUUCACAGCCGUUACGAUUCAGAGAUCUUCCAGGGGAUUUUGCCCGACACAAGAGCGGCAGGGCUAUCGACAGCUGGAGAAAACCAAGUCAAAGCUCUCCAAGUGAUCAUCUCAGAGCUUGAGAUUGACACAAGAACAGCAGGUAAUCAUCGUAUAACUUUCGGUGACAGCCCCCAUGUGGCAACCCUCGGAACAGUCGAUGUGAAAAUCCCGUUCGGUACAAUCAUAUUUACAGUAGUUCAGGCAAACACCACGUUUCUGCUUUGCUUGACUGAUAUGGAAAAACAUUGUGUGUUUCUUGAUAAUACGCAUGAUUUACUCGUCCAUACAAAUAAACAGGGCAAGCAAGAAAUAUACCCCGUUGUACGCAAAUGGGGACACCCUUUCUUCCUUGACCUGGAAGCCACUGCAGUAGCUUGCCGCCUGACUGAAAUCGAGCUUCGGCAGCUCUAUCGUCGAUUCGGUCAUCCAGCCGCAGACAGACUUAGCAAGCUACUCUCGCGCGCGGGGUACGAUGAUUUUAAUGAAGAUACUUUGCGACAAAUAAACAUGUUCUAUCACCAGUGUCAGAUCCAUUCGAAGGCACCUGGCCGUUUCCGCUUCACGUUGCGAGAAGAUAUGAACUUCAAUUUUCGCUUGAUCGUCGACUUCAUGUACAUACAAGGCAAGCCAGUUCUUCAUGCAGUCGAUGAAGCCACCGCGUUUCAAGCAGCAAGGUUCCUACCCAAUAUGACCGUCAAGGCGACCUGGGAAACACUCAGAGCAAUGUGGAUUGACACCUAA